CUAUGGAGAGUGGAAUCGACAGGCGAAGAACGGAAGGUGUCCUACCUGAGCACACUAGUGAAACAUACACAAGCCGUCAAUGUCGUUCGGUUCAGUCCAAAAGGCGAGAUGCUGGCAUCUGCUGGAGACGACGGUAACGUACUCCUCUGGGUACCGUCGGAGCUGCAGACCCAGGCUCCACUGGGAGAGGAUCGGUCGGAUGAUAAAGAAACAUGGAGGGUGAAGCAUAUGUGCCGCUCAUCUGGAGCUGAAAUUUAUGACCUUGCGUGGUCCCCAGACGGCGUCUUCAUCAUUACAGGGAGCAUGGACAAUAUUGCGCGGAUAUAUAAUGCCCAAACAGGACAAAUGGUCCGCCAGAUUGCGGAGCAUUCGCACUAUGUUCAAGGAGUAGCCUGGGAUCCCCUCAACGAAUUCGUGGCUACGCAAUCAUCGGACAGAUCUGUACACAUCUAUAGCCUGAAGACAAAGGAUGGCCAGUUCACACUUACUUCUCAUGGCAAGUUUUUGAAGAUGGACUUGCCAGCCAAGCGUAUCUCAGCCAGCAGUCCCGCACCCCAGGAUACCUCUGUCCGGUCGCAGCCGGUGACUGCUAAUGCUGCUGCAAUCACUUCUCCGGCGCCGUCGACUCCGGGCACGCCAAUGGCUAACCUGCCAAUGGACCCUCCACCCGUAUCCCAUAGUCGCAGGUCGUCAUUUGGUUCCUCCCCAUCGAUCCGCCGCUCUGCGUCCCCGGCGCCAUCUCUACCAUUGCCAGCGGUGAAGCCUCUGGAAGUGCCGUCACCGGGGCUCCUAGGUGGACUGGGUGUCAAGAAUGCUAAUAUCUAUGCCAACGAAACUUUUACGUCCUUUUUUAGGCGAUUGACUUUCGCCCCUGAUGGCAGCUUGCUGUUUACACCGGCGGGUCAGUACAAGACUUCACAUAUGUCUGCGACAGAUCCCACCAAAGCUACAGACGAGAUCAUCAAUACCGUCUACGUUUAUACUCGGGCAGGUUUCAACAAACCCCCAGUAUCCCACCUGCCAGGCCACAAGAAGCCUUCUGUUGCGGUGAAGUGCUCUCCCAUCUUCUAUACAUUGCGACAGGCCCCCCAACCGGCUCGUCAUAUUACUUUGGAUACUUCUUCUGGAGAGGAAGCAUUUGCCUCUCUUCCUGAUCCUGUAGUUAAUUCGACCACUGACCGUCCAUCUAUGGAGCCUCCAACAUCGGCACAUAACGCGGGUGACGCGGCAAAGAUCAACCACACCUCAAAGGAUGAGAGCCCUUCCACCACUCCAGCACCAAUGCCUGUUUUCGCCUUACCAUACCGAAUCGUAUAUGCUGUGGCCACUCAGGACUCCGUCUUGGUGUAUGAUACUCAGCAACAGGCUCCGAUAUGCGUAGUCAGCAAUUUACACUUCGCAACCUUUACUGACUUGACAUGGUCGAAUGAUGGUUUGACGUUGAUAAUGAGCUCAUCGGAUGGCUUCUGUUCUACUCUUACGUUUGCACCGGGAGAGUUGGGUCAGCCCUAUACUGCUCCAGUGUCAACCGCUCACCAGACUUCAACUUCUGGCGUACAGUCCACAGGUCAUGCACCAAACUCGGCGAAACCAAGCCCGGGAAUGGCCCCAGGCAACGCAACUCCAAUACCUCCAAUGCCUCCGGCAAGCCCUGCGCGGUCUAAUUCUGUAUCGUCGAUUGCUACGCAAUCUACUGCUACGCAGCAAGCCACGGGAUCUGUUGUCAAUAACCCGACACCGACACUCGGAUCUGUGCCGUUAGUCACAGCAACGCAUUCGUCACAACCACCAACUCUGCCACUUACUACGCCGCCGCAGACACCGAUGUCGACCGUCUCUCAGAGCGGGACAAGCACUGUCAACAGUGUUCUAGGCAAGCGAGCCAGCGAGUCUGAAAAAGAGGAAACUAAGGAUCAGGAUUCUGUUCCACAAGUACAACAGCCGAAGAAAAGACGAGUAGCACCGACUCUCGUUUCUACCGGUCACGGCCCCUCGUCUUCGAAAGAUGGUCUCCAGAAUACCGACGGUGGCGGCUAAUGUUCCUUGUUCCACCGAGCUUCAUAAAAAACCUUCCCAGACGGAUGUAUAAAACUCUGUUCUCUUGCCUACUGAGUCGACUGCGGAUGGCUCGAGUGCUUAUGAUAUUUUUGUUAUGAGUAAUGUGUCCUUUUUUCCUCCGCCCACAAGACUCCGCAUCAUGUUUACGUCCUGUGGGAUUUACCUACCGUGUUCUGGGAUCUUGGUAGAGUUUAAUAGUCAUGCAUCUGCCCACUGUUGGCGCUUCACACUUUUUUCUUCUGUUAUUCCUUCUAUUAUUGUUAUCCAAUCGGCACUCCUCGGGAUACCUCUUUGCGGUCUUUUGAACCUCUUCCCGUCGAAUGAGCUUGCAGUAUUUGGGCAUGAGGUCGAAUUUAUUGGUGUUAUUAUUCUACGGCUGCCCUUUUUCUUGGGCCUUGCGCUUCAUGCUCCGAUUGCCCUUUCGUGUGCAAGAAGAAUAUCGCGUCGGUUGGUGGUGAAUGAUAGGCUUUUAUGAUUGUUAUCUGAGCAGCCAUCUCGAUGAUUACCUUGUGUAGGUUAGGUGAUAUUUAUUGGGAGCAGAAUAUUGUUCAUGACGGCUACUUUGUUUUGAUAUCCGAUAUUUCAUGUCAUAUCAUAUUUACGUUGAUGUACAGCUUAAUCCAGUAAGAAUUUGAAAAAAAAA